UCCUGCGUUGUUUGGGGACAGUAGGAAGAUGGCGGCGGCCCCGCUGUACUGUGUCUGCCGGCAGCCGUACGAUGUGAGCCGGUUUAUGAUCGAAUGCGACAUCUGUAAGGACUGGUUCCACGGCAGCUGCGUGAAGGUCGAAGAGCAUCAGGCCGUGGACAUCGAUGUUUACCACUGUCCCAACUGCGAUGUCGUACACGGACCCUCCCUGAUGAAAAAGCGCAACAACUGGCACCGGCACGACUACACGGAGCCGGACGACGGAUCGAAGCCAGUUCAAGCUGGAACCUCGGUGUUUGUCAAGGAGCUGCAGAACAGGACCUUUGUCAAUGGCGAGGAGAUUCUGAUGAGAAUGAAGGGUGAGGUGGUGACGCCCAGGUACCUGGAGAGACACGGCUUCAACUACCCCAUGGCGGUCACUGAGAUGGAAGGUCUGGGACUCAAACUACCUCCUCCUACUUUCUCCGUCAAAGACGUGGAGCAGUAUGUCGGUGGUGACAAAGUGGUGGAUGUGAUCGAUGUGGCGCGGCAGGCCGACAGCAAGAUGAAACUCAGCGAGUUUGUCAAGUAUUUCACCAAGUCCCAUCGACCCAAGGUUCUCAACCUCAUCAGCCUGGAGUUCUCUGACAGCAAGAUGUCACAGUUGGUGGAGGUUCCUGACGUGGCUCAGAAAAUGUCCUGGGUGGAGAACUACUGGCCGGACGACUCCUUUUUCCCCAAACCCUUUGUCCAGAAGUACUGCCUCAUGGGGGUCAAGGACAGCUACACAGAUUUCCACAUAGACUUUGGAGGCACCUCCGUCUGGUACCACGUUCUCUGGGGGGAGAAGGUCUUCUACUUGAUCAAACCCACUCUUGCCAACCUUGCACUAUACGAGGCGUGGAGCUCCUCGCCCAAUCAAAGUGAAGUGUUCUUUGGAGACAAAGUGGACACGUGUUACAAGUGUGUCGUACCCCAGGGAACCACCCUGCUCAUCCCUACAGGCUGGAUCCAUGGUGUGCUCACCUCUCAGGAUUGCAUGGCUUUUGGAGGGAACUUCCUUCACAACCUCAACAUUGACAUGCAGCUCAGGUGUUAUGAAAUGGAGCGUCGUCUGAAAACCCCAGACCUCUUUAAGUUUCCGUACUUUGAGGCCAUAUGUUGGUAUGUGGCCAAGAACCUCCUGGAAAUUCUGAAAGAGCUCCGCGAGGACAACUGUCCACCACCAACCUACCUAGUGGAAGGAGUCAAGGCUUUAAUCAGUGCACUGAAGACCUGGCUGAAGAGAGAGGUGACUGAGCCCAACAGUGAGGUACCAGACCACAUCAGGCCCAACCAUCUCAUUAAAGAGCUGACCAAGGAAAUACGCCACCUCGAGGAGGAACCAGGAAGUGUGGGCAAGCCGGUGAAAUCUCAGGGAAGUGGCUGCGCGCUCAUGUCUGGAUCCAACGUCUGCCCACCCACUCGCUCCACACUGGAGAGGCUGUGUCAGGCGCGGCGGGCGAGGAGAGCUGCCAGGCGGCUGAGGGAGCAGCAGCAGCAGGCACCCAAAGGUCCCUCCAACCUGGACAUCUUAGAGCGGCACACCAGAGAGGUGCUGAAGAGGCUGGAGGUGGGACCACUGGAGGAGGAUCCAGCGUUCUGUGCGAAGGUUCACGGGAAGUUGAACAAAGCGUCGACGGCGUCGUCGGCAGCAGCUGCUGCGGAGUCUUUAGAGGACAACCAUCUGCGGCUCAUGCUGGUCAACGGCAGAAUCAUCAGAGACAUGAGGCGGCCCGGCAGCAGCCCGGUGAAGACGGAGGGCGAGCGCUCGUCUGUCGGUCACAGUCCACCAAAGAGCCGCGUGGACGUGAAGACGGAGCGACGAGCGCAGGACGGUGACGAGCGGCACGAGCGGCACGAGCGGCACAGAGCCUCGCCCCUCAGAGGCGUGGAGACGGUGAAGACUGACCUCAGGGAAGACGUGUCUGACGUGGAGUCACACGCUGACUCUCCCACACAGCGUAAAGCAUCUCUGUCCUCGUCGUCUUCGUCUGACGAGGAUUCACAGAGUUCGGAGGAUGAGGAUGAGGAUGAGGACGAAGACGAGGAGGAGGAGGAUGAUGAUGAUGAUGAUGAGGAGGAAGGCUCAGGGCUCGACACAGAGCCGGACCAGUCCGGUCAGAAACUCAGGCACAAACACAAACCACUCAAACGAGACCGUCCUACCUCACCCAGCACACAGGACGCCAUUCAGGGGAUGCUGUCCAUGGCUGGACUGCUGUGUUCCUCCGAGCCAGAGAAGACAGGUCUGUCCCAGGAGUCCUGGUGGUCCGGCUCCAGCCAGAGGGAGGCGGCGCAGCAGCACCAGCGCCUCCUGCAGGGAGCCAAGAGCCCGAUGGACAGUCAGGGCAACAGCAGCAGCGAGGCCUGGGACAAUCAGGGGCCCCCCAGCCCCCCCAGCCCAGAGACGGAAUACCAGUACUGUGACCCCUCCAUGUCUCCACCGCUGCACCCCUCCAAGAGACACGCCCCCAACCCCCCACCUAUCAGCAAUCAGGCCACCAAAGGCAAACGGCCCAAAAAAGGAAUGGCUACAGCCAAGCAGAGACUGGGAAAGAUCCUGAAACUCAACAGACACAGUCGUGUCUUUGUGUAACACUCCAAUAAGUCACACACACACACACACACGGCAGACGGGGGGGAAAAAAGACAAGAAGAAGAAGAAGAAGAAGAAGAAGAAGAACAUUUGUGUAUUUGUUAGUGGACACUUGUGGUGCUGGAGACUCCUGGACUUGACUGUGCAUGCUGAAGGAGACAGGGUAACUGGGUUUGACAUAAGCAAGCGCACGACUUCACUACAAGCACACGAGGGACGGCGUCUGUCUGUCUGUCUGCUGCAGGGACACGAGGACAGGAAGUCUGACGGGAAACAAAAUAACAACCGCGUCCGAUGCCGAGAUCAUCUGCGUCGCGCUCGCUAAAAACGAUAAAGUGAAACGGAGCUUCAUCUCUUUUCGUUUGUGCCAAGGAGGACAAAGAACAUUUCAAAAUGGUGCUUAUUGUUUAUACUGUACCCCGCUCAUAGUCCCCGCCCCCCGACUCUGCCCCCGCCCCCUGUUAUCUCAGUCACACCAGCAAUGACUUUAUGAGGAGGAAGAUCGGCGCGCGAGUUCGGAUGUCGCAGAUCUGCGCUGUUGUCUCAUGAGAAGAAGAAGAAGAAGAAGGAGGAGGAGGAGGAGUCUCGUCUUUCUUGGGGAUUUCUCCUUUUGUUCAUUUUGGAAAAGGGGAAGUCACUCCACAGCGCCGCCCCCUGGUGAAUUUGUGUCAGUAGGAAUUUGGAGUCAUUGACGCUAAAACAAAAGAACAAACUGACAAUGACUCGUCUGCUUAAUUUAUUUCCUGUUUUAUGUGAUGUUGCUUUUUUUUUUAUAUAUAAAUGUGUUUUUGUUUUUUUAUGAAUUCUGAAUGAUGUAUUUAUUAAUUGAAAAAGAGAUGAUUUUAUUUCCUCGGGUUCAUCUGAGGCUUUUUUCCCUCUUCUGUUUUUUAUCUUUCUCACAUACGUGGUUUUUCAUGUGAUCAUGGGUUUUGUAGCAGUUUACAUACAAGUUUGGUUGGUUCUCGUGAGUUCUCCACGUCGUUCUUCUCCCUGUAGCAGAGGGUUCGAGGCGGUAGUUUAGCUUCCUUCACCUGAGCUCUUUCAGCUCGUGCCACUCAACCAUUGAGCAAAAAGAAACAACAAAGUAUUCUGAGCCACUGUGGUCGAUCCAAACCUUUGAGGAUGAGUGAGGUUUUCUUUGUUCAUGUUAGCAGCGCUCAGUUCUUCACUCUCAGGGAAUGAUGCCAUGGACAUCGUGUUUUCGAUUCACCACCAGCCACAUCGUCAUGGAUGUAACCGGACGUUCUCCAAAAGCUUUUUUUUAAUCGCUCCAAAACAAAAGGAAAAGGAUUUCAUGGUUGUGGUUUUCAAGUUGUAAAGACGAGCCGUGUUUUUUAGUUUAGUUGUAUUUUCCCUGCGCUCAGCUCAGUGUUAAACUUCUGUUUCUGUGUCAAAGUCACGGCUGCACGAUGUUGUGGAAAGUCUCUUCCAGGUUCACUCGAGGGAAUCUCACUUCUGACGCCAACAUGUUGCUGAAAAAUGGAACAGAGACAGAGAGUGCUGCUGCUGUUGCCGCUGCCGCUCCGGCCGACCGACAGGCUUUUAUUUCCUCGUAAAGAAAGAUCUUUCUACACAACAGCACUCGUCUCUGUUUCACGUUUUUCAGCAACAACGAUUUACCGUGUAGGAAAAGUAUCUUCUGAUGCAGAUGUGGUUUGUUUGAACGAUUCUGCUGUGUUUCGCUUUCAAACACGGUGGAGCAGUGGUUCGCACUGUUGCCGCACUGUAACUGUCAUCCGUUCACCUUGUUCUCUUCGGGGUUCCUCCCACAAUGGACCGGAGCUCAAUCUGCAGCUUCACCACUAGACAAAAAAAGAACUGUGGGAUUUAAAUGUCAGCGGUUUAAUGAUGCAGAGGCUCAGUGUGACUCGUGUAACGGCGCUCAAACUUGGGUCCACUCGCGAACUUUCGACCUGCGUGACAGCGACGGUGUUUCUACAGAAUCUCAACACAAAUCUCAGCCAAUCCACUAAAUAAGAGGCAGUUUAGUGGAUUAUUUUUUCCCCUCACACUACACUUGAACCUUUUGAACUCUUUUGCGUGUCAGGUCAUUAAAACACACACACACGAGCUGGCCCGCAGGCAGGGUUUGUGAUAAGCUGUAAAAUCCACCGGACAGUCGCUCCUUUUUUUUAAUUUGUGUUCAUGUGUUUUUGAAAUGCCCCCCCUCCCCCCAGAUUUAAAUGGCUUAUGAUUUAAUAUUCAAACACUGGCUAACUGUGACACUGUGGAUGCGUUGCAUUUUGUUUCUGCAUUUCAAAAAAAAAAAUUGCGUGUAAAUAAAAUGAAAUGAAAUAA